CGCGCUGUUUACUUCUUAGGAUGAGUGAAGACGGUAGCGAUGACUCUCCGCCGCGGCCGAAACGUAAAAUCAAAAGAGUGGUCGUGUUGUCGUCGUCGGAGUCUGAGAGCGACGAGAGCAUCAGCGUAGCGGGGACACGUAGAAAGAGAUUGAGAGUCAUUAGUGAUGAGGAAGCGAGUGACAGCAGUGGAAGCUCAGUGGUGUGCGCCGGAACUAGACGGAGGCGAACACUGCCGAAGCUCCGUGACUCAGAAGCGGAGAGCGACAGUUCCGGCUGUUCGUCAGACCGAGCGGACACUGCCAAGCCUGUGCCUUCACCAUCGAAACCCGCCUCAGGCUUUGCAUCUGACAGUUCUGAAGGAAAUUCUGACAAAUGUUCAAUUUGCCUCCUGCGUUUUAAAGACCAACAAGUAGGAACGCCAGAAAGCUGUGAGCACAUAUUCUGCCUGGACUGUAUCACAGAGUGGUCGAAGAAUGUUAACACAUGUCCUGUUGAUCGGAUGACAUUCAAUUCUAUAAUUGUGAAAGCUUGUGUAGGUGGUCGUGUGCUACGAACAGACCUUGUUAAGGUGUUAGAGCGUAGGCCUUCUGUUGAGGCACUAGUAAUUGAGGACCCAACCUUGUGUGAGAUAUGCGGCAGCGCAGAAGAUGAAGAGACUAUGUUACUUUGCGAUGGUUGUGACCUGGGCUAUCACAUGCAGUGCCUCACACCUCCACUCUCUGAGGUACCCACCGAUCAAUGGCUCUGUCCUAACUGUUAUGUAUCACUACAUGGAGAAAGCAAUCUAUUAGAAGAUAUUAAUCUGUCCGAAGUGGAGGAUUUAUUAGAUGGUGUUGAUGAUAUAGACCUACCUAUUGGGCCUAGGGCUUCAAUGCUGAGGCAACAAAGGAAUGUUCGGAGGUCAUCAAGGACUGCGAGCCGUCUUGAUCAACCAUCUACAUCGAGCGGCACGGGUGGCCAUAGUGUUAAUGUAAAUGAAUUACGUGUAACAUCCAGAACUUCCAGGAGUUCCCAUAGAAAUACUUUUCGUUCUACAAACAGAAGACAAGCCAUAACAAAACGUAGAAAAUAUAAGAGGCGAAGAACAAAAACAGUAAUUAUUGAAUAUGAAGUUCAAGAAAAUGGGAAAUUCCCUAUUACAAAAAGAGUUAAAAAGAAAGUUAGGAGAAGGGUUAAGAAACGACAACCUCGAACGGCAGCACGGCGAUCGUAUGUGAGAGCAAGUGUACGUGCCAAAUUGGCUACUUUAAAGGGGGAUCAAAGGGUGGACUUAGCUCAGGCAUCAAGUGCUUCGGGUGCUGGUAUUCCUUCUCUGAGUCUUUAUGGAAACCCCCAUGAAUUGGAUUAUUUCUCUGAUGACGACGACAACACUAUCUCUGAAGAAGCAUCUACUGCCGUGGCCACUAGAUCCACAUCUAAUAUACUAAGUGCUUAUAGACAGGCCAGACGAAAGAUGGUCACCUUACCGUCCCCACCUCACGCGUCAUCUGCUCCAGAUAUCCUUUCUAACAUUUUAGAGAGUCAAACUUUGCUGCAUUCAAAAGAUUCUGUGAUUUCUAUUUCUGUAGAUGGAAAUGUUGAUUAUAAACUUCAAUCCCGAAAGCAAAAUUCCCAAAAAAAGAGUGUUACAGAACCCAAAUCUGACGAAAAAGUAGAUUUAUCGAAAGCAAACGAGGCCGUUAGGAAUGUACCUUCAUAUCCAGGACAGAAUCGAGGGGGUGGGUGGGGAGGCGGAUACCGUGGAAACUACCAUCGUGAACAAAAUUCUAAUAAUUUCAAUAGGGGUGGUAAUUACGAGAACAACUACGGUGGAAACUACAGUCGAAAUAGACAAGGAAAUGCUUUCAACUAUCAAAACAACAACAUGCGCCGCGAUGACGCCGAGUACUACGAUAACUAUUCGAGAAGACCACAGCAGUAUUCACACACUGAGGACGCCUACUUCGAUCGGACUAGAAGACCAGGUCAGAUGGAGAACAAUAGGGGUAAUAAUUACACAAAUCAGAGACCAAACGAGCAGAAUCAAGGUCGAUACAGUCUAGGACCGUCCUGGCAACCGACCUACGGCGGCGGCGGGCCUCCGCCACCCGCGCUCCGACAGGACGCGCCUCUGACCCAGGCUCGACAUUCUUUCGGUGGCUUUGAGAAUCCUGUAGACAUGAGAAUGGGUCAGAUACCUCCCGCUAAUACGAUUUCCGACCUUUUCCCCACCGUCGAAGCACCCCGUCAAGACAAAACGCAAUCCCACGCGUAUCAGUCAAUGCCGGAGCCCAAGCCAUACCAGCCCUUACCGGAGGCGCCCGUUUUCAACUAUCCAAAAAUUUUAGAAGUUGAAAAAUCCGAGGACGAAAAGAGUGACUCUGGUCUUGUCAUCGAUACAGAGAAGUACGACCCUACGGAGCCUACCAACGACGAUGAUAGCGGUGAAGAGGAGCUAACGCCCGAGGUGCCUGCGCACUCUGCUCCCCUCGCGCUUCCCUCGCCCCCCGCCGCGCCGCCCAUGCCGCCCUCGCCACCCCCCGCCGUACAAAGCAUCCUGGCCGGCCUCGAUCCUGCCGCCAUGAAUGUCCCUCCCAACAUACUAGACACCGCCGUUCGACAAGUUUUGAAGGAACAUCGGAAUUUGAUCACGCCAUCCACUGCGGAGCCGAACAACGACAGGAGCGAUGACGAUUCCGACGGCGACUGUCCCAAUUUCUCGAUCUAUUCCGCCACGAGUGUUCAUAUAGCUAACAACAGCGGUGGUCUGCCGGAUGAGGCGCCUCGCGAGCAACCGCAGGACAGUAUGGAGGAUCUGGUUCAGGAAGAUGACGAGACCCCUCCUAGUUAUGAAGUGGACGACAAGAAAAAGUCUGAAGAAGAAUAUAAAGAAAAAGUUUCGAAGAGAUGUCCAAUAACGACGAACACGCGCAAUCCCAUUAAAAUAAAACUCAAUACGUCAUCGUUAAUUAAAAGGCAAGUUUCUCUGUAUGACGAUGAGGAAGCUAGCCAGGAAGCCGAAGUUAACGAAAAGACUGACGCUACUCCCGAGACGACUGGACAGAAAUUAAAUUUGAAUUGUGCUAUUAAAAGUCCUAAAAAAAUUUCAGAGACUAAUGAAAAGUGUGAUGUCGAACCCAAAAGCAAAACUCCUAAACGUGAUAGAUCUCAAAGUCCAAUAGACAAAAAUGUAGUCGACAAAGGUAAAAGUCCAGAAAAACAAAAAAAGAUUCAGGUCGAGACCAGCGAAACUAGUGUAAAAGUAAGUAAAGAAGACGUGGAUAACGAAGACUUGUGUCAAAAGACAAACAUUGAUGAUAAAUGUGAAAAGUUAGAAUCUAAUGAGAACAUAGAUAUACUUAAAGAAAAAGUCGACGAGUCCACGAAAACUGAAGAAGACUCUGAUGAAGAGGAACAUUCCGACGGCGACGGCGAGUUGCCGACGAGAGCGGGGACACAAUCGCCGAGAAAUGAAGAAAUUGCUAAAAUUGACGAUAACGUUGAAAAGAUGACCGAAUCUAUAAGCGAAACGGAAGACGAACGGAGCUAUACCCCGUGCCUAGAUGAAAAUAAAUCGACUAAGGACGCGUCAUUCGAAACGGAAAAAGAUAAAGGUCUAGAAGGCCUAGACACGGAAAUGAUAUCCGAGGAGGAAGGAAACGAAAUGUUUUCAGAGAACGAGCGAGCUCCCUCGGUAGUUUCGCGUGCCUCUCCUCGCAGGGCGCCGUACGAGAGUGAGGACGGAGAGAUAGCAGAUAAGAAGAAGGAAGCGAAGAAGGCGUCGCUGCGGGAAGAUAGCGCUAAGAAAAAGAAGAAAAAGGACUCAAAGAAGGAGACGAAAGAUAAGAGUAAGGGCAAAAAGAAGGGGGAGAUUUCGUUCAAAAAACUCAGUAAAUCCGGAAAGGAAAGAAAUUACAGGGAGAGGGAUAAAAACGAAAAGAGAGGCGAGAGGGAACGCCGAGACUCCGGCGACGGUGCCGAGAGCCGGCAGCGGAGGCGUAAAGAAAAGAGGAAAGAUUUGGAGCGCUACGACGUGCGCACCGUCGUCACCGAGAAAAGAAGGAAGCAGAAGGAUCCUUUCGGGCGGGACGUGUCGCCUCGCGGACGGUCGCCCUCCCUGUCGCCGCCCCCGCGCUCCCCCUCGCCCUCCCCGCGCCGUCGCCGCACCGUCUCGCGCCCGCGCCGCUCGCCCUCCAGGCUCCGGCGCUCGCCCUCCCGCCUGCGGCGCUCGCCGUCGAGGGUCCGCCGCACGCCGUCCAAGGGUCGGCGAUCGAUCUCGCGGGGGCGACGGUCCGGCUCGAGGGGCCGGCGGUCGCCGUCGCGAAUCCGGAGGUCGCCGUCGCCGCCGCGCCGCUCGCCGCCCGCCCGCCGCUCGCCGCCCGCCCGCCGCUCGCCGCCCGCCCGCCGCUCGGCCGCCCGCCGCGCCAGCCCGGCGCGCGGCCGCUCCCCCUCCCGCGCCCGCCCCUCGCCGCGCGCGCGCCGCUCGGCGUCGUCGGGCCGGCGCCGCUCGGGCACGCCGCGGGCCUCCCCGCGCCGCCGCAGCCCCCCGCGCCGCAAGCGCCGCCGCUCCGCGAGCGCCAGCCCGCCGCGCCGCGCCGCCAAGAAAAAGAAGCGCGCCUCGAGGCGGGCCGCCGCCUCGCCGGCACGCAAGCGGCGCCGCAGCGCCAGCGCCGCCCCGCCGGCGCCCGCCUCCCGCCCGCCCUCGCCGCGCACGCCGCCGCCGGAGCCCGAGCCGGCGCCCGAGCGGCCCGAGCGCCGGCGUCGCGAGCCCGAGCGGCCGCGCCGGCGCGCGCGCGACGCCGCCGGGCCCUCGAAGGAGGUGUUCACGUCGGGCGACAACAUCCUCGUGAGCGUCAGCUUCAAGGAGCAGGAGCGCGGCGAGGCGGGCGAGCGCCGGCGCCGGCGCGAGUCCCGGCGCGACCGCCGGCGCCGGCGCCGCGUCGCCGCGCCCGAGCUCGAGGUCGCCAAGCCGGUCGCCAUCAUCGACCUCGAGCGCUCGCCCUUCCGCGAGCUGACUCCGUCGCCGAAGAACGUCAUCGUGCUCAGCGACAGCGACCACGGCGAGCGCGAGGCGGGCGAAGCGAGCGCGGCGCCGGCGGUAGCGCCCGAGCCGGCGCCGGAACCCGCGCCGCCAGCCCUCGGCCCGAAGACGCCGCCGGAGCCGGCCGCGCCCGAACCGGCCGCGCCGGAGCCGACCGAACGGCCCGCCUCGCGCGCCUCGCCGGCCGCGCCCGAGCCGCGCUCGCCACACUCGCCACACUCGCCGCCCUCGCCGGACGCCUACGACCCGUUCGAGCCGACGCGCAGCGCGUCCGCGUCCCCGCCCUCCGCGCCGCCCGCCCCGCCGCCCGCCGCGCCGUCGCCGCCGCGCGCGCUCAUCACGCUGGAGGCGGCGCAGCGCAGCAACCUGUCGGCGGACGAGGUGCUGGACCGGCGGCCGCUGACGCCGGUGGAGAAGGUGAUGGCGCUGCUGCAGUCGACGCGCGAGGCCCGCGAGAGCCCGGAGGCGGAGCCCCCGGAGCCGCCGGCGCCGGCGCCGCGCAUCGUGCUGCCGUCGCCGACGCGCGCGCCGCCCAAGCUGUUCCCGGGCAAGCCGUCGCCGAUCAAGUCGAACCCGGUGAAGCCGAUGCAGGCGCUGCGCCUGCCGCGCGCCCCGUCGGACGGCGCGUCCCCGUACUCGCCGGGCUCCAGCGACUUCGGCGAGCUGUUCGAGCCGCCCCCGCGCCGCCCCCGCGCGCCCUCUAAGGUGCCGGUGCGCCUGGACCGCAAGAAGAGCAAGACGCAGGUGGGCGUGAAGAUCGACGACGAAAACCUGAAGAUCCUGGACGACUUGCCGAGCUCCGCCGUCGAGAUGCAAGUCAAGAGCAAAUUCCUCAAGAAGCUGAACCGCCAGGAGCGCGUGGUGGAGGAGGUGAAGCUGGUCCUGAAGCCGCACUACAACAAGAAGCGCGUCACCAAGGAACAGUACAAGGACAUUCUGCGCCGCGCCGUGCCCAAGAUCUGCCACAACAAGUCGGGCGAGAUAAACCCGACGAAGAUCCAAGCCCUCGUGGAAGCUUACGUGAAGAAAUUCAGAAAAAAACACAAACUCGGAGUAGCGUAGUGUGUAGAGUAGCGGAUGUUCUAUCAGAUUAUUGUAAUUAUAAUUUAUGUACGGA